GCGGUGACGUGACGGUUCCCUCAGUCCCGCCAGCCAGCCAAAUGCCCAAGCUCCUCUCUCUCCUUCGGUUCAUCUAAAAAACCUGCCAAGCGAGACAUCACCGUCAUUACUUUCAGCCACUUGGCUAACAUUCUCGCCCUUGGCUUUAAGACCAUCGCGAACCCUACUACCUUUUCCCUUAUCGUGAUCCCGUCAAUCUCGAGCAUCUGGAUAGCUCUCAUAUCUUGUCUCAAAGUGCAUCCCAUCUCUACAAUCCAGACCUCCUAACCUGCACACAUACCAUCCGUGCUCGAGCUCCCGACGACUGAUCUCUUGGGACGAUCUCGCGGCCCGCAGCAGCCAUGGCGACUCUUCGCGACCUUUACAGCGAUGAGAAGACCAAGGGUCUAGACACCAACUUUGGCGUCGACUAUGUCAUCAACUACAAGAUCCCGCAAGAGGACCGCGCCAGUGCCGAAGCUUCCUUCGUCCAGCUAAUCGAAGCCUUGACCCAUGUCGGCCUGACCACCGAGGUCCGGAGAGGCGACAAGAGCUCCGUCCUCGUCUUUAUCAAGAUCGCCGACAAGUUCCUCGCCGACCAGGUCUACCGAUCCAGACUGCAAGACUGGCUACAGGGCGCUCGAACCAACACUGCCGACAAGGACCUCUCCCAGGCUCUCCGUGACGAGCCAGUCUCUGACGCCGAGCGCCUGCGUCUCGUCUACCUGCUCAUGGUGAAGCCCAAGAACGAGGGUGGAGCCGGCAUCACCCCCGAGUCCGGCAAGUGGAAGCACGUCGCCAGCAUCUUCCCCCUCCACAACCACUCCUUCAACCGCCAGUGGAUCAAGAGGGUGAGCACAAAGGGACAGACGGACGAGAACGACCUCGAUGAGAUUCGCGAUAAGUUCGGCGAGAGCGUCGCCUUCUACUUUGCCUUUAUGCAGACCUACUUCAAGUUCCUCGUCGUCCCCGCCGCCGCCGGCUUUGGUGCUUGGAUGUUCCUUGGCCAGUUCUCCUGGCUCUAUGCUCUCGUCAGUUGCCUGUGGUCCGUCAUCUUCUUCGAGUUCUGGAAGCAGAGGGAAGUCGACCUCGCCGUGCAGUGGGGCGUUCGCGGCGUCUCCAACAUCCAGCACCCUCGGCCGCAGUUCGAGUUUGAGCGUCAGGCCGAGGACCCCAUCACCGGAGAGCCUGUCAAGAUUUACUCGCCCAUCAAGCGUCUGCAGACGCAGCUUCUCCAGAUCCCCUUCGCGGCAGCGUGCAUCGUGGUGCUAGGCACGCUAAUCGUGACCUGCAACUCGCUGGAAAUCUUCAUCAACGAAGUGUACAACGGGCCUUUCCAAUCCUACUUGGCCUUCCUCCCAACCGUCAUUCUGGUUGUCAUGACUCCCACCUUCUCUACCGUGCUCACAAAGUUCGCGACGAGACUGACCGAGAUGGAAAACUACGAAACAAUUGACGCACACCAUGCAGCCCUGGUUCAGAAGGAGUUCGUUCUCAACUUUCUGACCUCCUACAUGGCCUUGUUCUUCACCACCUUUGUCUACCUGCCCUUCGGCGACCAUCUCACUCCUUACCUCGACUUCUGGCGGACGACUGCGCAGAAGAUCACCCCCAAGGACGUCAACUUCCAGACUCAGGAGUUUUCCAUCAACCCCGAGAGAAUCAGCAAGCAAAUGUUCUAUUUCACCGUCACCGCCCAGGUCGUCAACUUUGCCACCGAGGUCAUUGUACCGUACGUCAAGCGUCAGGUGUUCCAGGAGGUCAGGGAGGUGCAGUCAAAGAUGUCCAAGGAAGACAGCGCCGCCAAGAUCAAGGACCAGCCGGAAGAGGCCGCCUUCUUGGAGCGGGUGAGGAACGAAGCUGAGCUUGAGACCUACGAUGUUACUGGAGACUACAGAGAGAUGGUCAUCCAGUUCGGUUACCUCUCUCUCUUCUCCGUGGCCUGGCCCUUGACAGCUUGCUGCUUCCUCGUAAACAACUGGGUCGAGAUGAGAUCGGACGCUGUCAAGAUUGCCAUUAGCAGCAGACGGCCGAUUCCAUGGCGCGCCGACUCGAUCGGGCCCUGGCUCAACGCCCUGGGCUUCUUGUCUUGGUUGGGUAGCAUCACCAGCGCCUCGAUUGUAUUCCUGUGCAGAUCCGCUGGCAAGGGCGAUGGACCUCGCGGCACCCCUGGAAGUAUUCAGGCAUGGGGUCUCCUCCUCAGCAUCCUCCUCUCGGAACACUUCUACUUUGGCGCUCAGUUCGUCGUUCGCCUCGUUAUGAAGAAGCUGGAUAGCCCCGGGUUGCAGAGGGAGAAGAAGGAACGUUUCAUGAUGAAGAAGAGACUGCUCGAGGAGAACCUCGGCCAAGGCGUUUCGGACCAGGCUGCCACUCCGGGUAUCGAGAAGACGGAGAUGAUCACCAUGCAGGCUCUUGAGGAUGAGGCUCGCAGGAUCUCGACUCAAGGCCACGGAGGCGCCGAGGAAGCGUUCUGGCUUCGCCAACGUGGCAUGGCCGAGACCAUCCAGAUUGGACGCAAUCUAAUUUCUCAGAGCAUCUCCGGAAAUACAACUAAAGCGUAGAGGUCCGCCAUUAACAGUUGAUGAAAGGACGGAUCGGUGGAUAAGAAACAAAGUAUACACACAACCCCUUAUUGACGAGAAUAUGAGUUAUGCCUGUUCUGGCGUGUAUUGCUAGCGAAAAUAUUUAAUCGGGGUAUUCCGAAAAGCUGCGGGUUAUUUGCUGUCUGUAAUCGGGCGUUUGUUUCGGUCAAAAUAAGAGUUAGGCAGCCAACCCCUUGCAUGUUCAUGUGUUCGGUGAAGAAAGAUGGAGCAACUGUGUUGCGGUAGUCGGUGGCCACAAUAGGUGACCGACGGGGAAGUUGAGAUAAGGUAUGCUAUCUACCUCACUUAACUCAGUAAUGCCUCAUAAUGAGAGGGCAGAUGACCACUUAAAACAAACUGCGCACCGGGCGAGGCAGAUCGGGAGGCUUAAACAACUGG